AUGACAAUCUUAUAUGAAUUGUAUGAUCUUCAUUAUAAACUUAAAUCAUCUCAUGAAAAUGGGGUAAAUGGUGUAUGUUAUACAUUUGGUCUUAUGAUUAAAAAAUAUAAUGAUCUAAAAAAGUAUGAGCUUAAAGAUGUAGAAUUAAUUGAGAAAAUAUUAUAUCUUAACAAAUUAACUGAAAGUUCUAAUUUGCACUUUGAAAAUAUUUGCCCUGAUAAGAAGCGGGAUUUAAAUGUUUCAUAUUUAUAUUUAACGAAUCUGAAGGACGAUAUAAUAAAACGACGAGAAGAGGAAGAAGCACUACAAGAAAGGCUAAGGAAAGAACGAGAACAAGCACAGCUUGAACUAGAACGAGCACAACAAAAUGAUGUAUUAUUAUCAAAACUGAUUGUCCAAGAAGGAGAAUCAGUAAAUUCAAUAUUUUCAACAGAACAAGAAUAUUUAAAAAAAUAUAUUUUAACAGAUAUGGGAAAACCUUUAAUAGUGGGACAAAAAAAGGAUUUUGAACAAUCAAAAGCAAAAAAUAAUUUAUUAGAAAAUCAUCAAGUUUCCGAAGUAUAUACACCUGGGUUAAUUGGGUCAUUCCAAAAUACUAUAUCUGAAAUUAAAAGAGAUAUUGAACCAGCACCU